AAAAUAUUCAUCAACUUCCUUAUUAAAACAAUUUAUGUUUGCUUCCCCAAUUAAGACUUAUUUUGUGAUUACUUUAAGACAGCAGAACAGAUAAACAUGAAAGUAAUAUUUUGGAUUGUAUAUUCAUUUUCAGCUGUCGCGUCCUUUGAAAGUAUACAAAUGUUGGUAACGGAUCAUAAGAUGACGUGGCAUACAGCAGACGAGAUUUGUACUGAGGAGUUCCAGGGCGCUGGGUACAGACACUUAGCCGCCGACAUACCCACAAAAUCCCAGGACUACAACCUGAGGCGAAUAGAGGAAUUUGAGAGUGUAUGGCUAGAUGCCCUGAUCUACGAUCUGGGUUGUAGAGGCGAGGUAUGUUCCCGGGUGAUAGAAAGGCACAGACGGUUCCUCACUCACGACUUCCACCAUUUCUGUCAGAACGGGACCGAUAAAAUUUCAAUACGAAAACAUUGUCGGACGGACAGAAUAUCCAACAUUACUUCACCAUAUAUGAUUGGACAAUUACGUGACAUUCCUAGAUUUGCUGAAGGAGAGGAAUUCAUCGUCAAUGAGAUUGCAUUAAAGAAAUCUACAUAUUUCCAAUGCGAAAUGGCUAGAAAACUUAAUGGAGGCAAAUUCCGGAGAAUGUUCGUAAGAUGCAACGAAUUCCAUAAAGCGCUUUGUGAGCAUUACACAAGGGAUUCGAAAAUGGUGACCACAAUACAGUAUAAAGAAGAAGAAAAGGGAUACCGAACUGUUUUUGUUUCAAAUUCCAAUUACCCUCGGGACAUGUAUUCCAAGGAUGAGGAAAACGAUUCGGCUGGAUUACAGAAAAUCAUCUGGACAAGUUUGUCUGUCGCUGUGGCUGUGAUGUCACUGUUACUCUGUGUCGGAUGCUUCGUUUACUGCAAAAGGAAAAAUAUUCAUAUGAACAGUGUUUACGACACCAUCUUCAUGCGUCCGCGAGGUAGAAAUGCUUACACUCUCCGUGUACCAAAUGACCCCUCCUCACCAUUAUCAGAGCAAACCAGUCAUCCAAUCCCAUCAGCUCCACCUAUCGUUAGAAAUCCCGCAGCCCCUCCUAGAGUCGAUAGUGUUCAGACAUUAGCAUCGACUUCUUCAAUAGCAUCAGGAAGCACUUCUUCAUCAUAUGUACAAGACGUUCGAUAUUACAGGAACUUCUCAUACGAGACGCAACCAAGCGUAGCGCCUUCACAAGCUCCCAGGAUUGAAAUUCAGCCAAGUACUCCCUCAACAUCUGGACGACAGUAUUGUUCGUCUUGCAGACGACAUAGAAAAAGGCGGGAUUUUCAUCGAACAUCCUCAAACUGUACGAGUUGUUUUUCACAGUAUACCCAACCUACAUCAAGACUGGCUCAUAGAAAUAUUUCACUAGAUACAAACGAUACCAAUUCUCUUAGAUCACAAAGGUCGUCAAAAGAUACCAUAUCUUCGAGAUCCCAUACGUCACACCACUUUCGACGUAACAAUAGGAAUGGUUUGUCGUCCAAAUCUAAUAGCAAGUCAGAAAUGGAUUACUCAGGUGCUGGCCAGAUAGAGUCAUUGGCUGUGCCUGCUGAAUCUCAACAAGAGACCAGAGGGUCUAACCCGGUCCUCAGAAAACACAGAUUAGUGGAUCGCAUAGAAUCGUCUAGUGGAUUCAAGUUGGUGAAAAGGAUGUUUUCUGUUGAUUUAAAAUGAUGACAAUAUAAGAAGGACACGCUGAUAUUUGCUGCAUAUGAUGACAGCAUUUUGUGAUGGUACCUGCUGAUUAACUAUGACAUACUCUAUAUAUGGUGCGACUGUGGGCUUUGUUCCGGUAAUAUUUGAUUGACUUGAUUAAAAUCCCGAUGCUCACAAUUUGGUAUCAACAAUUUGUGUAUAAUUAAUGGACCUUCAAGUCCUUUUAAUCAAUAUAAGGACAAUAAUAGUAACACACUUCUCUUGCGUGUGUCCUUGCUUGUAGUCAUCGUUCCUUUUUAAAGUGAUCUGUUCUUAGCUGAAAUUAAAACUGAAAUUAGAGGGCAAUCUCACCAAUUAAACAAACACAUCACUAAGGGUUAAAAACCUGACUUCACAAGUGAAUUUCGUACAGAUUCAUCCGCAUGUCUGCUUGUAGGUAUAAUGUAAUGAAAUGAAAAUAUCUCAGAAAAGACAUCGAAUGUGAUAAAAUCGGCGGGAGGAAGUGCUUCCCGUCUCUGACUUAUACAUUUGUAGUUUAGUAGCGGUUUUGUACAUUCGAGUGUUGAUUUUUGAGAUGCACCAUCUAGAACUUGUUUUCAUUUUGCCUUGGCAAUCAAUAUUUAGUAUGACAAGCUAUUUUUCACUGUUUAUUCCAAAAUGAAGAUAAUUAAAUUAUCUAUAAAUGAC